GAGUCUCUCCUGAGUGAGCUGAGACGCGGCGAGUACACCUGUCUGGUCUGCACGGGUGAGAUGGACAAAUCCUCGAAGAUCUGGUCUUGCCACCACUGCUACAGGGCCUUCGAUCUGUCCUGCAUCCGAGAUUGGGCCAAAAGAGGAUCAUCCACCGCGAAAGACCGUUCUUGGCGAUGUCCUUCCUGCAACAACACCCACUUCAAGCUCCCCAAACAGUACACCUGCUGGUGCGGCAAGGUGCUGAACCCGCCCGAAAACGAGUUCGAGCCCCAUUCCUGCGGCCAGACCUGCAACUCGCCGCUACCAAACUGUGUCCAUGGCUGCUCUUUUCCUUGCCACCCGGGACCGCAUAUCAAGAAGUGCACGGCCAUGGGACCUGUGAUGAAAUGCAGCUGUGGAUCUGCCGAACGGCAGCUCCCCUGCGCGUUGACUCCCUACAAGACGGGCUGGUCAUGUUCCCGGCCCUGCGACGACCUGAUGCCAUGCAAUUUGCACACAUGCGGCCGCAGCUGCCACGCUGGUCUAUGUGGUCCUUGUGAAAAACCCAUCACCGGCCGAUGCUAUUGCGGAAAACACACUGCCUCGCUCAAGUGCCACGAGCGUGCUCCGCUGCGGUCUCACACGGCAACUGCGCAGUGGACGGGCUGUUUCCAGUGCGACGAGGUCUGCGAUGACUCGCUCGACUGCGGGAACCACAGAUGCACAGAACCCUGUCAUGCAAAGACACCCAACGGCCACAAGUGUCCGCGGUCGCCAGCCCUGCUCACCCACUGUCCAUGUGGAAAGCACAAGCUGGAUCAGCUCGCCUCUCCAAGAAAGUCCUGUUUGGAACCCGUGCCGACGUGCGGAGAGACAUGCGGCAAAAAGCUGGAAUGCGGCCAUACGUGCUACUGGCCUUGUCACGAAGGUGAGUGUGCGCCUUGUUACGCGGUGGUGGACUCUAAGUGUCGCUGCAACUAUACCCAGUACUCGGUAGCCUGCAAACUGGCGCAGCAGGGCUAUGUCCCUGCGUGCAACCACAAAUGCCAGGCUUUAAUGAGCUGUCGACGCCACAGAUGCUUGGAAGUCUGCUGCGAGUACGAGCCGGUGGCUGCUGUGCGCGAGCGAAACAGACUCAAGGGAAUUAGAAGGAACACCAUCGACGCGCGCAGCACGGCAGACCAGAUGACGAUCGAGGCGGUCCAUGUGUGCACGCGUGAGUGCGGCAAGCUGCUUUCGUGCGGCAAACAUCACUGUCAGAUGACCUGCCAUCUGGGGCCCUGUCGGCCGUGUCUGGAGUCCUCGUCCGAGGACCUGGUGUGCCACUGCGGCCAGACGAUUGUUUCCGCUCCUGUGCGGUGCGGAACCAAACUCCCCGUGUGCUUGAACCAGUGUCAACGGCCAACUAAAUGCGGACACCGGCCUGAGAUCCACAACUGCCACGAGGACGACAAGGAGUGUCCUCGGUGCACGGAGCGCGUGACAAAGUACUGCCAAUGCUCGAAACGCAUCGAGAUCAACAACGCCAUGUGCUACCAGACGGUUGUUUCGUGCGGCCGUGUCUGCAACGAGCUUCUUCCUUGUGGCAGCCACAGAUGCCCUAAAAUAUGCCAUCCGCCGGGACAGUGCCAGACAAAAUGCACAAGCCAAUGCGGGAAGCCGCGCGCAUGCGGCCAUCCGUGCCGCCAGGUGUGCCACGCACCGAAAGAGUGCAACGAGUCGAUCCCAUGCCAAGAACGGGUCACCGUCCAUUGCGGUUGCAAACGGCUCUCGCGCACCGUUUUGUGCUCCUUGAACACAGAGCCGCUGGAGUGCGACGAGGAGUGCGAAUUGGAACAAAGAAACAGACAGCUACUGAGCGCGCUCACAGACGUGUCCGACGCGCCGAUGGAAGGCGACCUUGUGUCGCGGUUCCUGCUUCUCGAAAAAACCUAUACACCGUACGUUCUGUCACUGUACUCGCAGCAAAAAGUGUGGUGCGAGAGCAUAGAGCAGAUUCUGCAAAAGCUCGUUUCGCGCGAGCUCGGCAGGCAGACGUACCAUUUCCGUCCGAUGAAAAAGCUGCAGCGGAAAUUCAUCCAUGAGCUGGCCGAAACGUACAAGCUCUACAGUGAGAGCCAAGACCCAGAGCCCAAAAGGAGCGUUUUUGUGAGACUGCAGGCGAGCUCAAGACUGCCCAAGAUCGGGCUGAAGGAGGCGUUGUUUGUGUCGGAGAGGAUGAAAGAGAAAGAGAGAAAAAAACGCGAG